AGAAAUUAUCUACGCAUGCGUAGCGGGGGCAAAGGCGAAAGUAAAGAUUUACGCAUGCGUGAUGGGAGACUCAGGGGAAAGAUUUUCGUUAUAGGUGACGGUUGGAGGAGGUUUAUCUGUUUGUGCUCAGUGCAAAUUGCUGGCUUAAAAUGCUACUCCUGUAAGGAUGAAACAAGCAAUAAAAACUGCAAUAGCAAUCCAGUUCAAAAUUGCAGUGGUAAUGAAGACAGAUGCUCCGUAUCCAAAUUCACAAUGAACUUAUUUGGAAUACAGACAACUGUACUGACGAAAGGCUGCAUUGCAAAAUCACUGUGCACAGGAAACAUCAAUGUCUUAUUCGUCAAUACUGGAGUUAAAUGCUGUGAAUCAGAUUUAUGUAAUGUGAAUGGUGCAAUUAAUUUCUCUGCAAGAAAACUGCUGCUUAUGGCCUCGGCAAGUUUUCUUUACUUCAUCUAUAAGCUUACAAAUGAAGUUGGAUAAUGCAUCAUCUGCUUGAGGAGACCUGGUGAUAUAUAUUAUUAAUUUUACUUAAAUGGAAGCUGUAAUUAGGGCCAAUAUAGGCAAUAAUAUUCACAAGUUUUGAUUUCUCUUCCUAUCAUCAAAAUUAAUUUUUAAUAUUCUAGUUUUAUAGCCAUGUUGUUACUUAUAAACUGUAAUGAACUCACAUUGGGCAGAAUGCUACCACAAGUUCCAAGAUAUCACCUAUAACUCACGAAGAAAAAAAAUCACAAUUAUUUCAUCAAAUUAAAGAAACCCAGAUGCAAAGUGAACACUCGUAGUACUUAUUAAAAGAUACAUUUUAUUACUGUCAAAACUAUGUUCAGUAUAAAGCAAUUUAAGACUAUUGGUCAGGACUUAAAAUGUAAGUUUGAAAUAUAUCAAGAAAUCUUAAAGCCUUAUUUUAAGCACUUAGACAAUUUUGUUAUGAAGUUACCAGGUAUAUCAUUUAUAUUAUUAUUAUUAUAUUGUAUUCAAUGCCAAGAAAAUAUUUUAAAAAAUAACUCACUCUAAUCUGCAAUGUUACCAGUACAUGUUCAAUAUUCUAUUAAUUUGUGAUUCAAUGUUUUAAGAGAACACAUUUUCAUAACUAAAUGGAGUGUGCUUGGUGUAAUCAAUGAAAUGAAUGGUUUAGGAAGGCUCUGACCAUUGCAACAUGGAAGCUUGUGGCUAAUGAAGAUGUGAUGAACACAUACCUAUCUGCUAAGAAGCUCUUCAUUUCCCUGUUGCUCUCUGCCUUAAAGAUGUUCCUUUAGCAUUACCAUUUUGACCCUUAUUUCAAUUAUUUUUCCUAAUUACACUUGAUGUAAAUCAAUAUAAAAUUUUGUUUAAUAAAGCUCCUCUGAAAAGUC